AACACCAGAACCUUCCACAUCAAUCGAGACAACUAACGGUACCCCAAGUAGUACAAUUGCUGAAACAACAAUACCUCAAACUUCCACACCAAAAGAAACAAGUAUGGCUACCCAAAGUAGAACAAAAGCUGUAACAACAGCAACACCACAAACUUCCACAACAAUUGAAACAACUACCGCUACCCAAACUACAACUGCUACUGAAACAACCACAAAACCUCAAACUUCCACAACAAUAGAAACAACUAUGGGUACAGCAAGUAGUACAAUAGCUGAAACAUCAAAAUCAGAAACAUCAACAACAGUUGAAACAACUUCGGGUACCCCAAGUAGUACAAUUGCUGAAACAACAAUACCUCAAACUUCCACACCAAAAGAAACAAGUAUGGCUACCCAAAGUAGAACAAAAGCUGUAACAACAGCAACACCACAAACUUCCACAACAAUUGAAACAACUACCGCUACCCAAACUAAAACUGCUACUGAAACAACCACAAAACCUCAAACUUCCACAACAAUAGAAGCAACUAUGGGUACAGCAAGUAGUACAAUAGCUGAAACAUCAAAAUCAGAAACAUCAACAACAGUUGAAACAACUUCGGGUACCCCAAGUAGUACAAUAGCUGAAACAACAAUUAAACCACAAACUUCCAUAACAAUUGAAAAAACUACGGAUACCCAUAGUACAACUGCUGCUGAAACAACCACAAAACCUCAAUUUUCCACAGCAAUAGAAACAACUACUGCUACCCCAAGUAGUACAAUAGCUGCAACAACAACAAAACCGCAGACUUCCAUAGCAAUUCAAACAACUACCGGAACCCCAAGCAGUACAAUAGCUGAAACAACAACACCGGAAACAUCAACAACAAUAGAAAUUACUACAGUUAAUCAAAGUAGUACAAAAGCUGAUGCAACAACAACAACACCUCAAACUUCCACAACAAUAGGAACAACUGCGGGUACCUCAAGUAGUACAAACUCUGAAACAACAAUAACAACACAAACUUCCACAGCAAUUGAAACAACUAAUGCUGCACAACCUACAACUGCUGCUGAAACAACCAAGACACGCCAAAUUUCCACAACAAAAGAAACAAGUACAGAUGCCCAAACUACAACUUCUUUUCAAACAACAAAUCAUGAAACUUCCGCAACCACAGAAAAAACUUUGUCAAUCCAAACUACAACAACAGGCACAACGACAGCAACACCACAAACUUCCACAGCAAUUGAAACAACUACCGGUACCCAAAGUAGUACAAUUGCUGAAACAAUAACAGCAGAAACAUCAACAACGAUAGAAAUAACUUCCUCUACCCAAAGUAGUACAAAAGCUGGAACAACAACACCAGAAACUUCCAUAACAAUUGAAACAACUACCACUACCCAAACUACAAAUGCUGCUGAAACAAUAACAACACCUCAAAUUUCCACAAUAAUAGAAACAACUAUGGGUUCCCAAAGUAGUACAAUAACUGAUGCAGCAACAACAACACCACAAACUUCCACGACAAUUGAAACAACUACAGCUACCCAAACUACAACUUCUGCUGAAACAACAAAACCUGAAACUUCCACAAGCACAGAAAAAACAAUACCUAUCAAAAGCACCACAACAGCUGUAACAACAACAAAACCACAAACUUCCCAAACGAUUGAAACACCUACUGGUACGCAAAGUAGUGCAAUAGCUGAAACAACAAUAGCACCACAAACAUCCACAAGAAUUGAAACAACUACUGGUACCCAAAGUAAAACUGCUGCUGAAACAAGCACAACAACUCAACUAUUCACAACAAUAGAAUCAACUAUGGGUACCCUAAGAAGUACAAUAGGUGAGACAACAACACCCGAAACAUCAGCAACAAUAGAAACAGCUACAGCAACCCAAACUACAACUGCUGAUGAACCAACAACACUACAUCAAAUGUCUACAACAAUAGAAACAACUACGAAACAUCCAAAACUGCCCAAACUUCAACUUCUGCAGAAACAACAAAACCGAAACUUCCACAAGCAGAGAAGCAACUAUUGCAAUCCAAAGUACAACAACUGCCAAACGAAAGCAACACCAGAACCUUCCACAUCAAUCGAGACAACUAACGGUACCCCAAGUAGUACAAUUGCUGAAACAACAAUACCUCAAACUUCCACACCAAAAGAAACAAGUAUGGCUACCCAAAGUAGAACAAAAGCUGUAACAACAGCAACACCACAAACUUCCACAACAAUUGAAACAACUACCGCUACCCAAACUACAACUGCUACUGAAACAACCACAAAACCUCAAACUUCCACAACAAUAGAAACAACUAUGGGUACAGCAAGUAGUACAAUAGCUGAAACAUCAAAAUCAGAAACAUCAACAACAGUUGAAACAACUUCGGUACCCCAAGUAGUACAAUUGCUGAAACAACAAUACCUCAAACUUCCACACCAAAAGAAACAAGUAUGGCUACCCAAAGUAGAACAAAAGCUAAACAACUACGGUACCCCAAGUUCAGCAAUAGCUGAAACAACAACAUCUGAAACAUCAACAACAAUUGAAGUAACUACCACUACCAAAAGCAGUACCAAAGCUGAAUCAACAACAACACCUCAAACUGCCACAAUGAUAGAAACAAAUACUGGUACCCAAAGUAGUGCAAUAGCUGAAACAACACCAGAAACUUCCACAAUAAUUGAAACAACUACAGCAACCCAUACUACAACUGCUGCUGAAACAAUGACAAUAUCUCAAAUUUCCACAACAAUAGAAACAUCCAAAACUGCCCAAACUUCAACUUCUGCAGAAACAACAAAACCGAAACUUCCACAAGCAGAGAAGCAACUAUUGCAAUCCAAAGUACAACAACUGCCGAAACGAAAGCAACACCAGAACCUUCCACAUCAAUCGAGACAACUAACGGUACCCCAAGUAGUACAAUUGCUGAAACAACAAUACCUCAAACUUCCACACCAAAAGAAACAAGUAUGGCUACCCAAAGUAGAACAAAAGCUGAAACAUCAACAACAGUUGAAACAACUUACCCCAAGUAGUACAAUUGCUGAAACAACAAUACCUCAAACUUCCACACCAAAAGAAACAAGUAUGGCUACCCAAAGUAGAACAAAAGCUGUAACAACAGCAACACCACAAACUUCCACAACAAUUGAAACAACUACCGCUACCCAAACUAAAACUGCUACUGAAACAACCACAAAACCUCAAACUUCCACAACAAUAGAAGCAACUAUGGGUACAGCAAGUAGUACAAUAGCUGAAACAUCAAAAUCAGAAACAUCAACAACAGUUGAAACAACUUCGGGUACCCCAAGUAGUACAAUAGCUGAAACAACAAUUAAACCACAAACUUCCAUAACAAUUGAAAAAACUACGGAUACCCAUAGUACAACUGCUGCUGAAACAACCACAAAACCUCAAUUUUCCACAGCAAUAGAAACAACUACUGCUACCCCAAGUAGUACAAUAGCUGCAACAACAACAAAACCGCAGACUUCCAUAGCAAUUCAAACAACUACCGGAACCCCAAGCAGUACAAUAGCUGAAACAACAACACCGGAAACAUCAACAACAAUAGAAAUUACUACAGUUAAUCAAAGUAGUACAAAAGCUGAUGCAACAACAACAACACCUCAAACUUCCACAACAAUAGGAACAACUGCGGGUACCUCAAGUAGUACAAACUCUGAAACAACAAUAACAACACAAACUUCCACAGCAAUUGAAACAACUAAUGCUGCACAACCUACAACUGCUGCUGAAACAACCAAGACACGUCAAAUUUCCACAACAAAAGAAACAAGUACAGAUGCCCAAACUACAACUUCUUUUCAAACAACAAAUCAUGAAACUUCCGCAACCACAGAAAAAACUUUGUCAAUCCAAACUACAACAACAGGCACAACGACAGCAACACCACAAACUUCCACAGCAAUUGAAACAACUACCGGUACCCAAAGUAGUACAAUUGCUGAAACAAUAACAGCAGAAACAUCAACAACGAUAGAAAUAACUUCCUCUACCCAAAGUAGUACAAAAGCUGGAACAACAACACCAGAAACUUCCAUAACAAUUGAAACAACUACCACUACCCAAACUACAAAUGCUGCUGAAACAAUAACAACACCUCAAAUUUCCACAAUAAUAGAAACAACUAUGGGUUCCCAAAGUAGUACAAUAACUGAUGCAGCAACAACAACACCACAAACUUCCACGACAAUUGAAAGAACUACAGCUACCCAAACUACAACUUCUGCUGAAACAACAAAACCUGAAACUUCCACAAGCACAGAAAAAACAAUACCUAUCAAAAGCACCACAACAGCUGUAACAACAACAAAACCACAAACUUCCCAAACGAUUGAAACACCUACUGGUACGCAAAGUAGUACAAUAGCUGAAACAACAAUAGCACCACAAACAUCCACAAGAAUUGAAACAACUACUGGUACCCAAAGUAAAACUGCUGCUGAAACAAGCACAACAACUCAACUAUUCACAACAAUAGAAUCAACUAUGGGUACCCUAAGAAGUACAAUAGGUGAGACAACAACACCCGAAACAUCAGCAACAAUAGAAACAGCUACAGCAACCCAAACUACAACUGCUGAUGAACCAACAACACUACAUCAAAUGUCUACAACAAUAGAAACAACUACGAACAACUUCGGUACCCCAAGUAGUACAAUUGCUGAAACAACAAUACCUCAAACUUCCACACCAAAAGAAACAAGUAUGGCUACCCAAAGUAGAACAAAAGCUGUAACAACAGCAACACCACAAACUUCCACAACAAUUGAAACAACUACCGCUACCCAAACUAAAACUGCUACUGAAACAACCACAAAACCUCAAACUUCCACAACAAUAGAAGCAACUAUGGGUACAGCAAGUAGUACAAUAGCUGAAACAUCAAAAUCAGAAACAUCAACAACAGUUGAAACAACUUCGGGUACCCCAAGUAGUACAAUAGCUGAAACAACAAUUAAACCACAAACUUCCAUAACAAUUGAAAAAACUACGGAUACCCAUAGUACAACUGCUGCUGAAACAACCACAAAACCUCAAUUUUCCACAGCAAUAGAAACAACUACUGCUACCCCAAGUAGUACAAUAGCUGCAACAACAACAAAACCGCAGACUUCCAUAGCAAUUCAAACAACUACCGGAACCCCAAGCAGUACAAUAGCUGAAACAACAACACCGGAAACAUCAACAACAAUAGAAAUUACUACAGUUAAUCAAAGUAGUACAAAAGCUGAUGCAACAACAACAACACCUCAAACUUCCACAACAAUAGGAACAACUGCGGGUACCUCAAGUAGUACAAACUCUGAAACAACAAUAACAACACAAACUUCCACAGCAAUUGAAACAACUAAUGCUGCACAACCUACAACUGCUGCUGAAACAACCAAGACACGUCAAAUUUCCACAACAAAAGAAACAAGUACAGAUGCCCAAACUACAACUUCUUUUCAAACAACAAAUCAUGAAACUUCCGCAACCACAGAAACUUUGUCAAUCCAAACUACAACAACAGGCACAACGACAGCAACACCACAAACUUCCACAGCAAUUGAAACAACUACCGGUACCCAAAGUAGUACAAUUGCUGAAACAAUAACAGCAGAAACAUCAACAACGAUAGAAAUAACUUCCUCUACCCAAAGUAGUACAAAAGCUGGAACAACAACACCAGAAACUUCCAUAACAAUUGAAACAACUACCACUACCCAAACUACAAAUGCUGCUGAAACAAUAACAACACCUCAAAUUUCCACAAUAAUAGAAACAACUAUGGGUUCCCAAAGUAGUACAAUAACUGAUGCAGCAACAACAACACCACAAACUUCCACGACAAUUGAAACAACUACAGCUACCCAAACUACAACUUCUGCUGAAACAACAAAACCUGAAACUUCCACAAGCACAGAAAAAACAAUACCUAUCAAAAGCACCACAACAGCUGUAACAACAACAAAACCACAAACUUCCCAAACGAUUGAAACACCUACUGGUACGCAAAGUAGUACAAUAGCUGAAACAACAAUAGCACCACAAACAUCCACAAGAAUUGAAACAACUACUGGUACCCAAAGUAAAACUGCUGCUGAAACAAGCACAACAACUCAACUAUUCACAACAAUAGAAUCAACUAUGGGUACCCUAAGAAGUACAAUAGGUGAGACAACAACACCCGAAACAUCAGCAACAAUAGAAACAGCUACAGCAACCCAAACUACAACUGCUGAUGAACCAACAACACUACAUCAAAUGUCUACAACAAUAGAAACAACUACGGUACCCCAAGUUCAGCAAUAG